UUGGAACUUUGAAAUGUCUAAAUAAAAGUUCGAUACAAGACGGUGAAAGACACAUUCAAUCUCUUUUACUAAUCAAUGAAGUGCACAACGGGUCAGAUUGACAAGCUGACCCCACAUCUUCAAUGACCUGCACAAGUCCUUGCUUUGAUUUCGAAUCACUACAAAAAAAAAAAAUACAUAUGAAGCUGGUUCAAUUUAGCUCUAGACUUGAUGGAGAUGUCUGUUCUUUGGUCUCUUGCCUUAUGCUUUUUGCUGGUUGGUAAUGGAGUUCAUGUUGAAGCCUCAAAUCACACUCACAGAAAUCUUCAAUCACUUCCAAAAGAGCAGCCUUACAGGACUGCCUACCACUUUCAACCUCUUAAAAAUUGGAUGAAUGAUCCUAAUGGACCAAUGUACUAUGAGGGAGUUUACCAUCUAUUUUUCCAACACAAUCCAUAUGCUCCGGUCCCGCGUAACAUCGCAUGGGGUCAUUCAAUAUCAUAUGAUCUUGUAAAUUGGGUUCAUCUUGAACCUGCCAUUAGUCCAUCAGAGCCUUAUGACAUCAAUGGUUGCUGGUCUGGCUCAACUACAAUCCUUCCUAGUGGAAAACCUGCCAUUUUGUACACUGGUGUUGACUUGAACAAUAGCCAAGUUCAAAACUUGGCAAUGCCCAAGAAUGCUUCUGAUCCAUUCCUAAGAGAAUGGGUCAAAUCACCCCAUAAUCCUCUAAUGAGCCCAGUUGAUGAUAUUGAUAGAUCCGAUUUUAGAGACCCAACAACUGCUUGGCAAGGCCCAGAUAAAGUAUGGAGGGUCAUCAUUGGAGGUAGGAUUAAUGCCCUAGGAAUGGCAUUUCUAUAUCAAAGCAAAGAUUUUGUCAAUUGGACUAGGAGUAACAAGCCACUUCACUCAUCAACUAAGACUGGCAUGUGGGAGUGUCCAGAUUUUUACCCUGUCAGAAUCAAUAGCCAAAAUGGAAUUAACAACUUUGCUCAAGACAAAUUUACCAAGCAUGUUCUCAAGGCAAGUUUCAAUGGGCAAGACCACUAUAUAUUGGGAAAUUACAUUCCUCAAACAGAUAAUUUUUCCAUUGAAUAUGAUUUUAUGGAAACUGGAUUUGACUUGAGGAAUGACUAUGGAAAGUUCUAUGCUUCAAAAACGUUUUACGACAGUGCUAAGAAGAGGCGAAUAUUGUGGAGCUGGGUGGCUGAAUCUGAUACCGCAUUAGAUGCCAUUAUUAAAGGAUGGGCUGGGAUUCAGUCAUUUCCUAGAAGCAUUGUGCUUAGUGCAAAUGGACGACAAUUAGUGCAAUGGCCGAUCAAUGAAAUAGAGAAACUACGUACUAAUAAUGUGAGUUUCGAAAGUAAGGAGCUCCAGCAAGGUUCAGUUUUCGAAGUUUCCGGGAUUACAGCUUCGCAGGCUGAUGUGGAAGUUUCAUUUGAUUUGCCAAAUCUGAGUGAAACAGAGUCUAUAGACCCAAAUCAGGUUGAUCCCCAACAGCUCUGUAGUCAAAAGGGAGCAUCUACUAAUAAUGGCACAGUUGGACCAUUUGGUUUGCUGGCUUUGGCUUCUAAGGAUUUAACAGAGCAAACUGCAGUCUACUUUCGCAUAUUCAAAAGGGAUGGAAAGCAUGUUGUGCUCAUGUGUAGUGAUCAAAGCAGGUCUUCUUUGAGGGAAGGGCUUGAGAAACCAAUCUAUGGAGCAUUUGUUAACAUAGAUCCUAAUGAUAGGAAAAUAUCAUUAAGAAGCUUGAUAGAUCAUUCAAUUAUUGAGAAUUUUGGUGGGGAAGGGAGGACUUGCAUCACUGCUAGAGUUUAUCCAAAAUUGGCUAUUGAUAAAGAAGCCCGCCUGUAUGUAUUCAACAAUGGAACUCUAAAUGUAAGAAUUUCAAAGCUUAAUGCUUGGAGCAUGAAGAGAGCUCAACUUGUUCCCUAUCAAAAAGAGAUGAAAUAAUGUGGUAGCAUAGUGGACUAAAUAAUUUACAAAUAAGUAUUCAAGCGGCAGCCUCAGAACUACAUGAGUUUCUUGGAGAGAUUGUCUUGGUCAAUUAAUAGGUGUUGUCUUGAGAAUAAGCCUAAUUAUAAAAGCAUUGUUAUUUUUGUA